UAAUAUCUUGUCUCUUUUCGCUCCACUGUUUCCUCCUCUUUCGCUAGCAGAAGCCGAAAAAGCUCUCUGCUUUCCCACCCGCACCCCCAUCACCCCCCUCACCCCUGCCGACCGAAGCCACGGUGAGAUAAUCCCGAGCUUCCGUUCACGAAUUGGAAGAGAAUCCCAGCUCCUGAUUGCAUCUCUUAUGGCCGCAAACGCUCAGGAGGUCGUCGCCGGAUCCGAUUCGAAUCCGGACUUCAAGUCCUCGUUUCAGGGAGGAUCUUCCAUCAAGUACUUCGAGAAGAAGAUUGAGUUCGUCCCUGCUAGGAAACCCUUCAAUGGGUUGACGUAUAGCGGCGGAGAUUUCAAGAUUGAGACUCUGAACCCGGGCGGCCCCGACCGGAGUAGCGGGCAAGGGUCGGUUCAGGCGGCGGCCAACGGGAAGGUGAAGAAGGGAGACGGCUCGGAGGUUUUCGAUGGCUGGUUGGAUCCGGAGCUCACUCUGGGCGUUUCUUUUCAGAGAAUUGGUGCAGGAUUGGAGAACCUUGGGAACACUUGCUUUCUUAAUUCUGUACUUCAAUGUCUGACCUACACAGAGCCUCUAGCAGCUUACUUGCAGUCUGGGAAGCAUCAAAAUUCUUGUCGCAUAAAUGGGUUUUGCGCUCUGUGUGCCAUUCAGAAACACGUCAGUCGUACUCUAAAAGCUACUGGUAGAAUAUUGGCGCCGAAGGAUCUAGUUGCGAACUUGCGGUGCAUAUCUCGGAAUUUUAGAAAUGCCAGACAAGAGGAUGCACACGAGUACAUGGUAAAUUUACUUGAAUCGAUGCAUAAAUGUUGCUUGCCUUCGGGGGUGCCCAGUGAAUCCCCUGGUGCCUAUGAGAAGAGUUUGGUACACAAGAUAUUUGGCGGUCGCCUCCGAAGUCAGGUCAAGUGUAUGCAGUGCAACAACUGUUCCAACAAGUUUGAUCCAUUUCUUGAUUUGAGCCUCGAGAUAGCAAAGGCAGAAUCAUUACCAAAGGCUAUCAGACAUUUUACGGCGCCUGAGCAGUUAGAUGGAGGGGAAAGGCAAUACCAGUGUCAGAAGUGCAAGCAGAAGGUCAGGGCACUGAAGCAACUGACAAUUCAUAAGGCACCAUAUGUUCUGACGAUCCACCUUAAGCGGUUCCAUUCUCAUGAUCCGGGCCAGAAGAUUAACAAGAAUGUCAGCUUUGAUACUACUCUAGAUUUCAAGCCAUUCGUCUCUGGUCCCUAUGAAGGGGAUUUGAAAUACUCACUCUAUGGGGUUUUGGUUCAUCAUGGGUGGAGCACCCAUUCCGGUCACUAUUACUGCUACGUCCGCACGUCGACUAAUAUGUGGUACUCCCUUGAUGACAAUCAGGUUCGACAGGUCAGUGAGUCGACUGUUCUGCAGCAAAAGGCAUACAUGUUGUUUUAUGUUCGCAAUCGCAACUCAACCCCUAGAAAGCCCUUCGAAAUUGCUCAGAAGGAGAAAUCGAGAGAGAAUAAUCAUACUGGGAACAGGACGUCAUCUUUUGCCUUCAGCCAGAGCUCAUCAUGUACUGUCCAAGUGAGUCAGCUUGCUGAUAAGUGCAGCACGGCAGUAACUUCCUCGUCCUCUGUGAUCACGAAAGACGCAAUAAGUGUUAGCUCUGUAAAGGAGUUGCAAGUUUCAGAGCCUGUUUCAAUGGAAUCGAGAAAAUUGGGUACUGCUCUGAAUGCAAGUCUUGAAAAUAAAAUCAAUAAUAGUGAUGCAAGCGGAGAAUCUACGAAGGAAUCAACUAUCUCAAAGGGCCUUGUAGAGAAUGGUGCUGGAAAGGAGAACGAGAGUGAAAUAGCUGGGAAGGUUUCGAAUGGGAGUGCAUCUGACAAGAUCGACUGUGGAAGUUCAGCAAGUAAUGCGAGCCAAAAAAGCAGCCAGGAGGAGGAAGCUACUGCUCCCCUGGUUGAAAAGACUGCUGGUGCAGUUCAAGACGAGUCUCAUUUAUUAACUGGCUCAUCAACUAUGUCAAGCGGGUCUUUACAAGGUGAAACAAUCGAUAGCAAGGCAAGCAAGAAGCUCAAAAAGAAGCCCAUAAAGUACCAACUAACAAGUGCGCAUUUUGGGGCGAACAUACUCCUGAGAGCAUCUCUGGGUGUGCGCAAGAAGCGCAUGAAGAGAAAACAUCGUGUUACUGAGAAAGAUCGAAUGUCAUGUGACCUAGGCCCAUCAACAUCAGAUGUGAGUGAAUCUGUUGUGUCCGUUCAGCGGAGGAGUGUUAAAUCUCUCACAAAGAAAGGAACAGAUAAGAGAGCUAAGAGGGAGGAAAUGAAUACUAAUGGAGGUUCACAGAAGGAUAUUGUAAAUGCCGGCACGAAAGUGAUUGAGAAUGUGAAGGAUUGUAAGAGUGACGCAAUGGAGAAUGGGUUGAUGAGCAUGCUCACACGAGGAUUGGAGGAGACGCUCGUUGCACACUGGGAUGGAAUAGAUCUAUCUCCAUCUCCGACUAUAGAAUCACCUAAUGCAGGGAAUCCUAAUGGAGGGAAUGCCAUUGGUUACGUAUUGGAUGAAUGGGACGAAGAAUACGAUCGAGGAAAAAGGAAGAAAGUAAGACACUCGAAGCAUGAUUUCGGUGGCCCGAACUACUUCCAGGAAAUUGCAUCACAGAAAAUAAAGUCGAAGGAGGCGAGGUUCGACCAAUUUGCUGGGAACCGACCUUUGAGGAUAUGAGGCAAACGAGGAAAGUAAAUGCCCAAUAAGAACCCAUUUCCAGGUGUAGCUUCUGAUCAAAGUGGAUUUGUUGCUUAUUCCUGUUUGUACGAGGCAGUGUUUGUCUUUUUCGAGUCUUAAAUUUAUCUCUAUCCAUGUUUUUUCAUAUGAGGCAGAGGUGAGUGUGUGGUGGGAAUUAUUAUUAUGUAUUUUCACUUGUUUUUUUGUUAGUCUUUUUUUACUGAGAACAGAGUUUCCGUGUAUUAGAGAAAAUGUAGCGAGCCUUGGAGAAUUAUUGAAGACCAAGUGAUCAUUAUUCUUUAUGAGAUUGGUGUAACAUCAAUGUCAGAAUAUCGAGCUGAUGUUUCGAUUGC